AUGGAUUGGCAGAAAAUUUUCGGUUCCGGGGAUUCAAACUAUAGCUACAGCGGGCCGUCAUCUGACCUGUCAUUGAAUGAUGAUAGAGAGGCCAUGAGAAGGGAAACGGAGCGACUGGCCCUCUCUCAGCUCGAUAAGGCCAGGUCAAAACCGGUCGCAUUUGCCGUUCGCACGAAUGUCUCAUACGACGGGUCUGUUUCAAAACCGGUCGCAUUUGCCGUUCGCACGAAUGUCUCAUACGACGGGUCUGUUGACGACGACUCACCCAUUCAUGGAUACGCCAUCUCUUUCGGCGUCAAAGACUUCCUCCACAUUAAAGAAAAAUACAACAACGACUGGUGGAUCGGACGGCUCGUGAAAGAGGGAAGUGAUGUCGGAUUCAUCCCGAGUCCCGUCAAACUGGAGAUCCUUCGUCUCCAACAAACACAGACCAGUCGUACAAAACUAUAUUCAAGUAAAGCCAACUCCAGCACCAAUUUGGGCCCUUUGGGUGACGUACUCAUCAACUCUCGGUCCUCCAAUUCCGGCGGUUCCAGUCCUCCCACACCAGGUCUAUACUCACCCGACUGUCCCCUUCCCUAUCAGCUCUCAUCUCAAAUAUUUAUGUCUCGCAUUGUUUAUCUAAAUGAAACUCCAGAUCAAAACGGAAUGGAGAAUAUGGAGGACAGCGACGGCAAUAUCCGGAUCGGAAAGUCCGCUCUGUCGACACCGCCGGCCAAAGAGCGCCGGAAGCCGUUCUUCAAGAAGUCUGAGAACAUCCCGCCGUACGAUGUCGUGCCUUCAAUGCGUCCCGUGAUUCUGGUCGGCCCCUCACUCAAGGGCUACGAAGUGACAGAUAUGAUGCAAAAGGCGCUCUUUGAUUACCUGAAGCACCGCUUUGAGGGCCGUAUUAUCAUCACAAGAGUCAGCGCCGACGUAUCGCUGGCCAAACGCUCGCUGCUUAACAAUCCCGGCAAACGGGCGCUUAUGGAGCGAUCCAACAGUAGGUCCUCCUGUCUCGCCGAAGUACAGGCCGAGAUCGAGAGGAUCUUCGAGUUGGCCCGAACCAUGCAAUUAGUGGUUCUCGAUUGUGAUACCAUUAACCAUCCCUCCCAGUUAGUGAAGACAUCGCUGGCGCCCAUCUGUGUCUAUCUUAAGAUCUCAUCGCCUAAAGUUCUGCAACGACUGAUCAAAUCUCGUGGUAAGUCUCAGAGCAGGAACUUGAAUGUCCAGAUGGUGGCCGCCGAGAAGCUAUCCCAGUGCCCAAUGGAAAUGUUUGACGUGUUUCUGGACGAGAAUCAGUUGGAGGAGGCGUGCGAUCAUUUGGCGGAGUUCUUGGAGGCCUACUGGCGGGCAACGCAUCCGCCCAUUAAGGCCUCGUCGACACAGGCGGUGACUGUGACCACUCAACACCGGCAGCCGUUGAUGCCUAUGAUCUCAUCGCAACAUCACGUGAGGGGCGGCGGAGCCGGCGGUGGCGUUGACGGCACUGACGACGAAACUGCCCGCGACUACAGUGUCAGUGCUAAUCGGACCAGACAUUUAACAAGUGCUUACGGACCGGGUAUCGAUCCCAUGGACGACGACCCCUACUAUAUUAACCAACAGAGUGUCGGCGGCGGGCCAUCCACUCACUAUCGGGACGCCAGACCCGAGAAC